CGGGCCAGGAAGGACUGAGAACCUACCAGAGACGCAGCUCCCAAGCAGUGAUUUCCAAGCCCCACACGGAUAGCAAGCUUUUCACAGGAUAAUGUGUGAAUGCGGGAGCGCAGAGGCAGAGGGGAGUCAGCAGCCCGCACAGCAGCCGUGGCAAGCCGCCUUCAUCCCCCAGGCUCUCUGAACACGAUGUCUGCACCUCCUGCGAGCAACGGUGUGUUCGUCGUCAUCCCGCCCAGCAACGCCAGCGGCCUCCGCCCGCCUCCGGCCAUUCUGCCCACCUCCAUGCGCCAGCCUCCAGGGAUCAUGCAGUUCGAAGAGUCACCGCUGGGGGCGCAGGCACCGAGGGCCACCCAGCCACCUGACCUUAGACCGGUGGAAACGUUCUUGACCGGAGAACCCAAAGCUUUAGGGACGGUGCAGAUCCUGAUCGGCCUCAUCCACCUUGGCUUCGGCAGCGUCCUGCUCAUGGUCCGCCGAGGCCACCUGGGGAUGCUCUUCAUCGAAGGCGGCGUCCCCUUCUGGGGAGGAGCUUUCUUUAUCAUCUCCGGGUCCCUCUCGGUAGCAGCUGAGCGGAACCACACCAGUUGCCUGGUGCGGAGCAGUCUGGGAACCAACAUCCUCAGUGCCAUGGCAGCCUUCGCAGGGACAGCCAUUCUUCUCAUGGACUUUGGUGUUACUAACUGGGAUGUGGGCAGGGGCUACCUUGCCGUGUUGACCAUCUUCACCAUCCUGGAGUUCUUCAUCGCUGUCAUUGCCACCCACUUUGGGUGCCAAGCCACCCGUGCCCAAACUAACGCAUCUGUGAUUUUCCUACCCAACGCCUUCGGCACGGAUUUCAACAUCCCCAGCCCAGCAGUGUCUCCGCCCCCUGCCUAUGACAAUGUCGCGUAUGUGCCCAAGGAAUCCUCGGAGUAGUACGUUGCAGCUUCUGCAGGUUGGAGUCCAGGCUCUCACUCGACCCAGCGUCUCCAUCCUCACCUUGUGGGUUCUCAGGCAGGCUUUCCUCAACGAGGAAAAGCCACACGCACCGUGUCACCGUCCCAUCCGUUUCCCAUUUCCUCCAGCAGUGUCUUUCCGGAAAAGACGUGUCCUGGUGUCCCGGGUGUGUGUCCCUAAGCACCACCCCACCCCUAGCCCUGUCACCUGACUGACAUACGUGUCCUCUGGGCUCCUCUGCCCUGUCCUCUACUCAUUGGGAGAAAUCUUGGCUUCACAGAGGUUUCACGGGUUUGCCUUCAAGGUGGUCAUCAAGCACAGAGAACUCAGAAUGUUCCAGAACAGACUGGCAUUUCAGGGGCACAGAGCUCUGGCCCUACCACACAGCAAGGCAGUGGACCCUAACCUCUAGGCUCCUGGCCCCCAAGACCAGCUCUGUCCUUUGUCAUCUGCUGUUACAUCUUUUUCCCACCUGGAAACUAAAGUAUUAAAUAAACUAGAUAACAUUAAGCCAAUCCAACACCCCUUGACUCCCUGGUAUCCUUGGACCUAAGCCAGACACU